AUGAAGAAGAUGAAGUGGUUCUUGGGGGACAAAGUGGGUGGGCGGGAGGUGGACUUUUUUCUUGACAUUGUCCUUAUCGUGAAGGAGGAGGGGGAUAUUGUCCAAACUAGAUGGUGUAGAUUGGUUCCUAUAAAGCUUAAUGUGCUUCUUUGGCGAUUCCUUCGUGAUAGGAUUCCGACUAGAGGAAAUUUGGUGAAAAGAGGCAUUGAUAUUCAUUCUAUAUUAUGCCCUAUGUGCUCUCUUCAGAGUGAAGAUUGUAGUCAUACGUUUGUGAAGUGUGAAAUAGCUAAUCAGAUUUGGGAUAAGGUUUUUAAGUGGCUGGAUCUUCCAUUUCUGUUGUUUAAUGAUGUGUUGGAGUUGUUUAUUUGGAUUGAUUCGUUGAGAAUAAAGAAGAAAAAGAAAAAUGUGGUAGAGGUUAUUUGUAUCGUGGUUAUUUGGGUGUUGUAGCAAUAUCGGAACAGUGUUAUGUUUCAAACGUUCAAGAUGCGUAAGAGUCAUAUUUUUGAAAGUAUCAUUAUUCAUGCUUUUAAUUGAUUCUUUAAUAAAAGUAG